ACAAACUCAUCAUUUGAUAGCGUUUCAGACUUUAUUGGAAAUAAUAUCUAUACUCGUGGUGAUGCUCAAGUUAGAUACACUUCAAAAGCAUAUAUUAAUGAUUCAAUUGUUAACGCAUUGUCUAAACUUAUAACACCUCCAAGGCUUCCCUGGACUGAAAAAGAUAUAAUAAUUUUAACAAAUGGAAUAUGUCUAUCAACAUGUGCAAUUAUAACUCAACGUUUAGCAGAAAUUAAUGUUCCAACAAUAUCUGUUGGUGGAUUUCCAAAUAAGAGAUUUUCUUUUGCUGCAUUUGCUGUUGGAUCAGCAGUUUUUACUUCUGAUUUGAAAAUUUUUCUUAAACAGCUUAAAAAUCUUAAUAGUUCUUUAAUUUCAAAAUUAACACUUUCUUCUGAUUUAACUAUGCAUUUUGUACUGUCUGAAGCUUAUAGUAUUAAGAAUCCAAAUGAAAUUAUGGAUUUUUCAUAUAGACCAGCAGAUUAUCAACUAUAUUAUGAUGAAUGUAGUGCUAGAGAUCCAAGCAAGUUAUGGAUACAGGCUGCAAAAUAUAUUGGGAAUAAUAUUUAA